GUCAUGAGAAAAUAAAGAUCUUCCAUCCACUCACUCGUUCUCUCUGGGCCUCAUUCUUCAUCGUCUAUUUCGUUCUGCGUCUUCUUUUGCUACUUCGUCCCCUCUUUCGACCCCCCAACCCCCCCGGUCCCUCGCUCCACACGCUCUUUCGUCCAUCGCCGCUCUUAUAUUGAAACGCUUGACCGCCGUGCGGGUUAAGCCAUCCGCUGUCUCUGCCUCAGUGUGCGCUCGGCCGAUUCGAUCCUAGUUCUGCUCUGUCACACUGUCAGACUUGACACAAGUUUCAACCUUUCCUUUCUUCUUUCUCCCCCCGGCUCCCUCGACUUCCCGUGCCUCGGGCGACUCCCUGCUCCCAAAAAGAAGGCGACGAAACGAUCUUCCGGGUGUGUGCCGGGUGCCACCAGUCCUUUCCGAAGUUCUCAAUCCAAAUCGCCGACAGGAUCGUCACUUGUCGGUAUCUUCCUACGUCCACUCGUUCUUCGAGUGGCCCGUACCACUUGGACGAUAUCACGCGAUUAGACAAUCGCUCAAAGUGCGUCUGAAGAAGCAGAGCGUGCACAGCGACAGGUUCGCCGCGUGCUCGUAAGUUCGAAGAGUGAAGACCCAGUAGAUUAUCUGGUUUCCCAAUGUCUGCGCCUCUGUUCCCCUCCAAAGACGGCUUUGUGCAGCUCCCACGGUCACGAUCAGAUACAAUGAACGACCUGGAGACGAUUCCACUGCAGAAGGUGGUUUCCACACAGUCGACCGGUGCUCGACGGCCUUCGCAGACCCCGACGCAGUACAACCCUUCAGCGGAUGUUCAGAAUGAGAAGGGGGUCCGCCAGUUCCGCCGCGGUCUGCGGAAGCGGGGCAGCAGUGUCACGGAUGGCACUCAGGAAGAAGGCGCUCUGAACGCCAUGGGAAGGUUCUACAGCAAAAUCAUGAAUUACAGCGUUGUCACUCGCUACUUCCUAUACAUUCUGCCGCUGGGCGCGAUGCUGGCAUUGCCCAUCGUGCUGGGUGCUACCAUUGCCCCAGACGCGAAAAUCCCCAGCGGCGAGUUUGGUACGCGCAUCGUGUGGCUCUUCACCUGGAUCGAAGUUGUCUGGGUGAGCUUGUGGGUUGGCAAGAUCGUGGCUCACGUUCUGCCCUACGUCUUUCAGUUCGUCGUGGGAAUCGUGAGCUCUAAGAUCCGUCGGUAUGCUCUCAUGAUUCGUGCGCUAGAGCUGCCGCUCUCCUUCAUCUUCUGGGCUCUUUGUUCAUUCUUGACCUUUACGCCUCUGAUGCUUCACAAUCCGGACACCAGCGAACUGGCAAAAACCCAGGCUGAGGCAAGAUCCUUGCAGCCGUGGCAAAAGACGCUGCGUCAGAUCCUCGCUGCCAUCUUGAUAUGUACGCUCGUCAAUUUCGCCGAGAAGUUCAUCAUCCAGGUCAUCAGCGUCAAUUAUCACAACAAGCAGUUCGGCGACAAGAUCAAGGAGAACAAGCACAAGAUGGCGCUUCUUGUAAUGCUUUACGACGCUUCUCGGAAGGCCUUCCCAGACUACUGUCAAACCUUCUAUCACGAGGACAACAUUAUCAAUGAUUCGCUCAACCUGUCAAAGUUCAGCAAGAAAGAUGGCGCCAAAGGAAGCGGCGCUGUCACGCCCAUGAACAUUCUUCACAAUGUUGGCCGUGCUGGCGACGCCGUGACUUCUGCCUUUGGCAGAGUUGCUCAGGACAUGACCGGAGGUGCCAAGCUCUUCGACAGCAACUCCUCCCCUGCAAUUGUCAAGGAGGCACUCGAGAGGCAUCGCUCAAGCGAGGCGUUGGCGAAACGUAUCUGGAUGAGCUUCGUGUGCGAAGGAAACGACGCUCUACACCCCGAUGAUCUGUUUGACGUUCUUGGCGAGGAAAAACACAUCGAGGCAGAGGAGUGCUUCGCAUUCUUGGACAGAGAUGGCAAUGGCGAUGUCUCUUUGGAUGAGAUGAUUAUGGUCGUUCGCGACCUUGGGCGCUCCAUUAAGUCCAUUGAUAGCAGUAGGCACGACGUCGAUCAGGCGCUGAAAGUGCUCGAUCGUUUGCUCAUGGCAGUCGUUCUGAUCAUCAGCGUGCUGGUCUUCAUUGCCUUCCUCAACCAAAGCUUUGUCAGCAGUCUUGCAACCGCGGGUACGGCAAUCUUGUCGUUGUCCUUUGUAUUCGCCACGACGUGUCAGGAGGUCCUGGGCUCGUGCAUCUUCCUAUUUGUCAAGCAUCCUUACGACGUUGGCGAUCGAGUUGAUCUGCAAACCACGGAACAGCUGACGGUCGAAAAGAUCUCACUACUAUUCACCGUCUUCAAACGCGUGAACACGGGUAAGCUGGUCCAGAUCCCCAACAUUGUUCUCAACAACCUCUGGGUAGAGAAUGUCAGUCGCAGCAAGGCCAUGCGAGAGCAAAUCUCCCUGUAUUGCAGCUUCGACACCUCGUUCGAGGACAUUGAGGCUCUGAAACAGGAGAUGGUCAACUUCGUGAACGAUCCGGCGAACAGCCGCGACUUCCAACCUGGCAUCGAGAUUCAGGUCACCAGUCUGGCUGAAAUGAACAAGAUGGAGCUUCGCAUCGAGUGUUGCCACAAGAGCAACUGGUCAAACGAGACGCUGCGCGCUGCUCGACGAUCCAAGUUCAUGUGUGCCCUUGUCCUCGCUGUUCGAAAAGUUCCCAUCUACGGUCCAGGCGGCGGUGGAGCAGUCCUUGGAAGCAUUGACCAGCCUUCCUACUCUGUCGCUGUCACUCCUGAGCAAGCCGCCCAAUUCCGAGAUGAUUUCGCCGCCGCAAAGGACGCAAAGCGCUUGCAUCCGACAAAGAAGCCGGACGUCGAGACUCAGAGCAUCGCGGGUACAGAGUACUCUGGCCUGACAGCUCAUCCUGAGAUGCGCGCCGUGCAGUCACUCAAUACGCGCAACCCGGCUCUGGAUCGGGCACGUGAUGAUGCGCUCGCAACCAGGCAGACUGUGGGUGAGACCGUGCUUGCUGACGAGCGGCGCAGUGUGGAUGAAGUCCGCAGCAUGCUUCAGCGCGAGAACACGCGUGGUCGCCGUCAGCCGGGCCAGCUGUCUCCCGUCUUGGACCCACCAACUCAGCAGACUUACCCUAUCGUACCCCCACCAUCAGGACAGUAUGCACCGCCGCCGGUGGGAGCCUCACAGAACCCUCCGGUUCCUGGUAAUGCUUUCAGCAUCAAUGCACAACGUCGAGACUUGAGCUCUGGUAGCCAAGCGUCACGAGCUCAACCAUACAGCCCUUCGUCGUCUACAGGUGCUCCUCCAUCACGAGGUCGGUAAAGCUUAUUGCGUUUGAAAGUGUCGUGGAUAAUCUGACAGCCGCAAUACGCAAUGUGCUCUUUGUCAUCACCUAUGUGUCGCAAUGGCCUUUGUGAGACGAGUUCGUAGAAUGCUAUGGAAGGAUGGACUGCGAAAUCUUUUCUUUUUCUUUUUCGGGAAGCGAAUGCUACAAGGCAAACUCGCUCAAUCUGCAUAUAGAGGGUUCACAUGACUAAAAAAAAAACCACUAGGGGACCACGAGACGUCAAACGAAUAGAACAACCAAAAGGAAACUUAGUUUUACGUAGUUGCUAAUGCAAUGAACAUGAUGGCUAUAGUUGCGAAUAGCUAGAAUCAAGAUUUUGAAG